AUGCGAGCGCGAGGCUGGGCGUGUGCGGCGGCGGCGGCGGCGCUGCUGGCGCUGGCGGCGGCCGCGGCGCGCCGCGCCGACCAGGACUUCGAGUUCGACGACGACGCGGUGAGCAGCCCGCCUCCUCCGCCGGCCUGGCGCCGCCCGGGGCCCUUCGACUUCGCUGCGGCCUCGGGGGCUCAGGGACAGGCGUUCGGCGCGGGUCGAUUGCGUGCGCAUUUUGCCAAACAACGCAAUUUAGACUUGAAUGGGGAGCAUAAUUUGCAUACAAAACAUUUAGAUUACACUGAGGCGGGCGGCGGCGGAGGCGCGGGCGAUGCGGGCCGCGCGAGUGAUGCGGGCCGCGCGGGCGACGCGGGCCGCGCGCGCCGGCCGCGGCGCUACAUGUACGACCCACACAAUACGUUGUGCCAGUCACUGGUGUGUAAGCGUCGGGAUGUUUGUCUUCUGAAAGAUACUUACACGGCAUUCUGUGCCAAUAAGAAGGAGAUACUACGCAAAGGCGACGUGAUAGUGGCGCAGACGGUGAGCGCGUCGGAGGAGACGAGCGGCGGCUGGGCGCGCGUGGACGACGAGGACGUGUUCUACGACGCCGGCGCCGACGCGCCCGAGCCCGACGCCGACGCGCCCGACCGGUGCGUGGGCUGCCCGGUGCGCGCGCGCGCCGAGUUCCUGUGCGGCUCCGACAACCGCACGUACUCGUCGCUGUGCCGCCUCGACCUGCACAACUGCGUGCGCCGCGCCGCGCGCCCCGUGCGCCUCGCCUGCCGCGGCUUCUGCCCCUGCCGCGAGCCGGAGCGCGACUGGCGCAAGGGUGAGCGCGACCGCUCGCUCGGCGGGACGCCGGUCACGCCGGAGCGCGGGCUGACGGACGUCGCUGACGCACGCUCGUUGUCCGCAGGGCCCGGCCGCGAGCCCCACCGCGGCACGCACGCGCCGCCGCGCGGCCUGCGACGCCAGCGCGGCCGCCAGCGCGCCUCCAGGCGCAACUUCGACGAGUAUGAAGAUGAGUGGCGCCGCCGCAAGCAGGAUCCGGAGCACAACGAGGUGCUGCCCGAGCGGCCGGCGCGGCGCCGCCAGGGCUCGGAAGGCUGCGCGUUGGAUAAGAUGGCCAACAGACUGCUGGAUUGGUUUUCGGUGCUGAUGGAGGAGGCCGGUGCCACGGCGGGUCCGGAAGACGGGUUUCCGAGCGACUGCAAACCCGAAGUGCGUUGGAUGUUCGCGCACCUAGACACGGACGGCGACGGAGUUCUUUCGGCGACAAAUCUCUAUUCUCUGAGGCACGACGAGCGCGAGCGCUGCCUGCGGCCGUUCCUGUCGUCGUGCGGCGGCGCGGACGGCGCGGACGCAGGCGGGGUGUCGCGCGCGGCGUGGUGCGGCUGCCUGCGGCGCGCGGCGCGGCCCUGCGCGGCCCUGGCGCGCGCGCACCCCGCGCCGCGGCCCGGCGCCUACGUGCCGGCGUGCGACGCGCGCGGCUUCUACCGGCCGCGCCAGUGCCACGCGGCGCUCGGCGUGUGCUGGUGCGUGGACGCGCACGGCGCCGAGCUGCCGGGCUCGCGCACCAAGGGCGCGCCGGCCUGCGGGCCCCGCGCGCGCCCGCCGCGCCCGCCCGCGCCCGCCGCGCCGCCCGAGGGCGCGCCCGCCGACGACGAGGACGCGCCGGGCAGCGGCGACGCCGAGCUGCGCUUCUAG